GCCAGAGGAGAGAACACGUGACAAUGACAUGACCAAAAACAAGAAGAAGCAACCUUCUUCUCCUCCUUUCAUACUCUUUUAACGCAGCGCUCGUUUCCAUUUCUUUCGCCGGUAAAACUGAAACCACACAGAAAACACGACGAGGAAGAGGAGGAAGAAGAAGAUGUCUGCGACGGCGAUUGUUUCUCUUCCGAACCCCAACAAUGCCGUCUCCAUCGAAUCCGGUAAUCGGAAAUUCCGGUGCCGGAACGCUGUAGCUAAACCCAGCUCGAGAUUCUCACCUCCUCCUACAUCUUCUUCUUCUUCGUCGCUGAUGAAGCCUUCGCCUCUUGCUUCUAGCUUCUCCCCUUUGAUUUCCCCAAAUAGAUCCUUAAACUCUCCAGUCUUCAGAAGAUUCGACACUCUCAUGGAGUGGCAAGAAUGCAAGUCGAAGUGCCUGUAUCAGUUGCUUAUGGACUCUACUCCGAUCGAGAAUCGAUUCCGAGAUGGAUGAUAUUCAUUUCAUCCGUGAAGGUGCUGAAGGAGAAACCGGAUUUAUCUCGAUGGACCUUGAAGUAUAAAGCAUUUGGUCAGAAUCUUGAGUACUCUUGGCUCGCUAAGAACUUGCAGGCAAGUAUCACAUCAAAGUGUUGUGAAAGUAGAGAGCUUUAUAAACUGUUUUGUGACCUUUCAAUGCCUCUCCCGAACCAGAAAAUACAUUGGAUUUCUCUAGAAGGCCUUCCUAACAAGGGAACUGUUCGAUUUUUCCCACUAGGACCUUCAUCGUGUGAUGUAGAAGCGCUUCAACCGCUAAUGCAAGGAUUGAUCAAGAGUAGUCUGGAGCAAUUUGCAGAGAUAGCAAAAAGCACAAAGACGGCUUAGUUAGCACAACACAACACAAGAGCAAAACUUAUUCACAAACCACACAAUACACAUAUCAUACCAUUCUUCUUACAUGAAUUUGCACAGAGAAUCAUUGUUGUGAACAUUACCAUAUUGUUGUUUUAUACAGUGUUCAUGUCAACAAAGAACCAUUUAUUAUAAAAUUAUAAUCACAACAUUUUAAUCUAAUUUUGGACCAUAAAGACUCUGAAUUUCCGAUCACAGGAACGAUGUAAUUGUUGACCAAUGAAGG